AUGUCUGCUCACCAUGAGCAUCGAGCAUCUCUUGAACAAGUCCUUGACUUUUCUCCACUCCCGCCGUCCCUGAACACUGAUGAAGUGGCACGGGCUAGAGGCGUCUUCAAGAAGCUCAUAAGCCACUGCGAGCCAGUACAAAGGAGCAAGCCAUAUAAGAGGGUGACCCUAGCUCGCUCAACAUAUGAACAUGUCCAGUCACAGGAGAUCUUUUUACAUCAGUUUUUCGUCUUCCUUGAUGCCCAAGAACACCCCAGUGAACCAGACUUUGAACGGGGAAUAUCUCGAUUUUCCGGCUUUGAUCCUGCUGCUUCCGUCUCUGAGAAGAUAGAGGCAGAAAAAGCUGUCAACUCAUUUGCAGAAUACCUAUUCAACAACUUCUUUUUACCGUUGAAAGCAUCAGGGAAUAAAACAUCGCAACCAACCCCAGCAGCGUUAACAUCUUCAGUCGAAAAUGUGGUUGGAACUCUUGGAAGAUUAUCGGUUCUCCGCCGCGAUUGUUUGAUUCGUGAUCACCAUCGAUGUGUUGUUACGCGCAUGUUUGAUAUCCGAGAAGCCGAAAGAAGAUUCGACAAGGACGGGACAAACGCGGAGGACGACGAUGGUUCUACGUUGAUUUACGCUCCUGGACAAUUCGAAUAUCUUGAAGUCGCACACAUAAUUCCUCAUUCAAUCAUGUCAUCAAUGUCAACAGGAAGUUCAGCAGAGUUGAACCAGUCCAAGAAGAAUGCUCUUGCAAUACUGCGCAUGUUUGACCCAAGUGCGAUUCAUUUGAUUGAGGGCUCUGAUAUUGACCAUUCGACAAAUGCUAUUUCUCUAACGCUUGGCCUCCACCAGUUUUUUGGCGACUUUAAGUUUUAUUUUGAAGAGAUGGAUCCCACUACCUAUCCCCAGCACACCUACAGAAUAGAUUCCAAGAAAACAAACCCAUUCGCUCGUCCAGAGGGCCUUCCAGUCACAAGGACCUUGUUUCUUUCGCCUCACCAUACCAUUGACCCACCGUCCCGGAAAUUGCUGGCCAUCCACCGAGCAAUUUGUGUUAUUCUUCAUCUCAGUGGUGCUGGUGAAUAUAUCGAUCGAAUCAUGCGUGACAUGGAGGAGGUCCAUGUGAGAAGUGAUGGCUCUACAGAGCUUGGCCGCAUUGUCUCCCUAAAGUUGGGCAGUUGGCUUGGUGGAGUCUCAGCAUAAUAUCCAUUUCCCUUUUGCAGCGGGCGUGUACAGAGUAUGGCGUGGAGAUCCUCUGUUAAUGUACUCCGUACCCCGUACUCUGUAGGCGAUCCGGUUAUAGUUAAUCACUGUCAGUUGAAGUAUAGUUAUUAGAACAGUAUAUUUAUUAAUCAUACGAUCUUUCCGG